AUGAAAAUAAGAAAGUGGCUGCAUUCCAGCAACGUGGAUACGCAGGCAGCAUGUAAGAAAUGCAGAAAAGAGGCUACGAUAGAAUAUAAACUAUAUAAAUCCUUAACCAACGUAAAUGAUUUGACAUCUAUUGAAAGCAGAACAUCACCCCAGACAACAGGAUCAAACGCAAACAUUAGAGUAUACAGAAAUACAUGUCCAAAGGCCAUUUCUUCAUCCGGUUUAAAAAGAAACACUAUAACAAAUAAUAAAGAUUACAUUUUUUCUAAAAAUGCUCCCAAAAAACAAUCGGCUGAAGAUUUGUCAAGCCUUUUAAGAUGCAGAAAUGGAAAUGCCCGGGGAAGCAGCAUAUCCUUGCAUCGGUCGUCAGUUAAAAGAAUUAGGAGCAACAUCAGCUUCAGCAGCAUUGAUUAUAAUGAUUUUCCAACCGUUUCAAAAGUAAAACAUAAAAUGAUUGCUUUCGAACGUGUUUUCACUGCUAAAGUUAUUGAUUUGUUCAACGAGUUAAAGACGGAAAAACAGUUGGAGUUACUGUCAUAUGGUGUUCAAUUGAGUACAAAUGGAAUGAAUUUCAUCAGCAUAAAAAAGUAUUUAUCUUCGAUAAUUCCAUCUACUGAAAAUGUAAAACCGAUAAUAACGGAGACUCAAUUUUGUUCGUUGAAAAAGUGUUUACAUGAUAAAUUAGAAGAGAAAAGAGCUAUCACUAAUGUCGCUACUCAGAUCUUAACAAGUUUCCUGACACAAGCGUCCAAAGAAUUGUCGAGAAUAUUCGAAUAUCAAAUAGGUUUGAUAUCAGAUGGCUUGAGUCUCGACCUGUUGUGUCUCUACGCUGCAGAGUGUCUCAUCAACCACAUAACAACUCAUAGAAACCUCUCAAUGAACGUCAAUUCAAUUGUCCAGGCUGUUAUAUGGGGCUUACCAAAGAAUCAAAACAAGUGGCAGAAAUGCCAAAUGUCCAUUCUGAUUGGUGACAAAGAAUUAAAAUGGAGACUAAAUGAAAUAUUUUCUAAGAGUGGACUUAGAGUAGAUAGUUUACUAUUAUGCGAAAAUCUAACCGAAUGUUUUGACCAAAAUUUGUGGAGAUUCUAUUCUCCUCCACACUGCAACAACGUUCUCUACGGAUACAGAGGCCUUGUGCUAGAGAAAGACUUUUUCAAGAAUACUUUCCACGCUUAUAAAAACGAUCUUACAUUUACAAAUGAACUGUACGUACCAUACAAAAGACUAAUAAGGUACCAUCCCGAAGAUCCAUUCAACUUGCACGCGCAAAAUCAUUUGGAAAAAAUUUUUUCCAAGUUUUUCUCUAAAAAUGACUACGAAUUAAUAAACUGCGAACUGCAACGAACCAAUGCAAAAGAACAAAUUAAUAUAGCAGGACUAGAAACUGAUGUUGAAACGAACGCAGAUGAUGACUGUACAAGUGAUAUUAAUUGUGGUAUUUUCGAGAAUUCUGUGCUAGAAAAUAAAAUGAUCGCACCGAACAAAACCGACAAAACACAUUUUGAUAUAGCAACAACCAACAAGAACAAAAUUUCAAAUGUUCCCAACAAUACGAAAGUGACAGAUACUUUAUCUACUUUGCAAACAACUCUGCGACAGCCACAAACCACGACGUUUGAUAGCGUACUUCCUAACCUUUCUGAACCUGGAUAUUUAAAACCAAAUUUAACCAUCCCAAAUAUAACAAUAAGUUCUCGUCGAUCCUCUCGGGUUAGUAUCGACAACACAGAAAAGCCAGUAUUGAAGUUCUGCUUUACGCCAGUGAAGUCGUCAAAACUGGUGGAAGGGCAAUCAUACUUUUCUUCUCAUCAUUUAGAUUCGAUUGAACUUCAAGACAUGUACCAUGCCACAGAAGAAUCACAACAUUACACAACGACGAGAAGUUUUUCAGCUGACCUUUCAUCUACAACUGCAGAUAACCUCAACAGUGAUCAGAAUAAAUAUGAAGAAAGUGACACCGUAUCACAAGGUAGCAUGGAAAGCUAUCACGAUAGUCUUACAGAAAGUAAAAUAAGUGAAAACUUUAAUCGAAAUACAAAAAAUGUUCUUCAAGAAAGUUUUUCAAUAUCGCAAAUCCAGGAGGAAUAUGAAGAAAACGAUGAAAGCAAACAUUAG